AUGACGCAGCGAUCCGGUCUAAACACGGAAGUAUGAUACGUGGGACGAAAGUCGUGGGCGAUUCCUGUAAAAUCUGCUAAAACGCAAGGAGAUACUCCGUCACGCAAUAGUUAUUUUAGUCCGUAGCAUGCCAACGUACACAGCGUGGCAACACACACAUACAACUCUAUCGCAUUCAAAAAUAUAUUUUGUUAGAUAAUGAGGUGCAAUGUUUGAGACUGCUGUUACAGCCGAGUGUGAAAAUUCGAAGUAAAAGACCUGAAGUGAUUGAUUUUGGCUUUUCAUUUGGUUUGGUGGCUCGUUUGUGUUUGAUGCACACGUAUUAAGUGACUCGCAGAUGGCAGAGAUGGAGGACUGUGAAGGAGUGAUUGCCACAGAGCGAUAUGGCUCACAGGAGUCAUGGAAGUACCUGAUGAAGGACGGGAGGAUGAGGAGACAGAAGGAUGCAGCGGACGGCAGACUGGCGGGAAAUUCAGUCUCUGGCGUGUUUAAAAGUGUUUUCCUGCCACAGGGGUAUCCUGAGAGUGUCAGUGAGGAUUACUUACAGUAUCAGCUCUGGGACACUGUGCAGGCGUUUUCCAGCUCUCUGUCUGGCACACUCGCCACUCAGGCUUCGCUGAGAGGUGUUGGGGUUGGAAAUCAAGAAGCAACAGUUGCAGCAGCUACAAUAACGUGGCUGCUUAGAGAUGGAACUGGGAUGCUGGGAAGAAUACUUUUUGCUUGGCUCAAAGGGAGCAAGUUAGAUUCUGAAGCCAAGAAAUGGAGGCUCUUCGCUGACAUUCUUAAUGACAUGGCAAUGUUUAUGGAGAUCGCUGCCCCUCAUUUCCCUCCGUUUUUCACUCUAAUCAUCUGCAUUGCCGGCAUAUUUAAGUCCAUUGUAGGAGUUGCUGGUGGAGCAACAAGAGCUGCCUUAACCGUCCAUCAAGCUCGCAGAAACAACAUGGCUGAUAUCUCCGCCAAAGAUGGGAGCCAGGAAACGCUGGUGAACCUGGCAGGACUGUUGGUCAGCCUGACACUCAUCCCACUUGUAACAGAUAACCCAUUCUUGACGUUUAUCUUGUUCUUCCUGUUCACCGUUCUCCACCUGUUUGCCAAUUACAAAGCUGUUCGUUCUGUUGUUAUGGACACCCUUAACGAGGCUCGCUUGUCCAUAGUCCUCCAUCAGUACCUGCUUCAUGGUCAGCUGCUCGGCCCGGUGGAGGCCAAUCAGAAGGAGCCCGUGUUCUUGUCGCUUAAAAGGACCGUUCCCAUAAAGUUGGGUGUGAGGCUUGGAGACAUCGUUCAAAAGCCAGGAGAGCUGCAGCUGGCGUUGAAGAACAACAGCAAACCGUAUCUCAUUGGAAUCAAAAAUGGAACCGUCUGUGUAUGUCUGGGAAGUGAUGCUUCUGUUCGUGAUGAAAUCAUGGCAGCAUGUCAGGCUUUGUGUCUUCAUGCUGUGCUGCACGAUGAUUCCUCUCUGAGCGGUGCGCUCAAGCAGCUCUCAGACACCAAGGACCCAUGGGAGUUAGUAUCACAGAGUCACAAGAUGAUUGAUCAGAUUUUCUUGACAUUCCUUAAAGAACUGGAUCAGGCAAAGUGGCAAACAGACCGGACACUGUUGGACUGGAACGAGUGGCGUGUGGAAUGGAGCAAAAAGAGAAGCUGAGGCGAAUUAUGAAAGAAAAGGAGGAUGGAUGUUUUGGGUUUUGACUGAUACUCACUGCGAAACAUCAUUUGUAGAUUUAUACCAGUCUACCAUAACAAUAAAAACAAAAACAGGG